GGGGCCGCGGUCCCGCGUUGCGGGCGCUCUCCGGUGCAGGCGGGGGCGAGCACGGCCGAGCCCGCCGCCGCGCGUGACCCAGCCCCCAGCCCGCGCCUCCGUGCGCAGGCACAGCAUGUCACGUUUUGCCGGGGUUAAUGUCACACGUUUUGCGGGGCGGUUAUGAAAAUUUAUUCCGACUUUAUUUCCAGGCAGCCGCCGGGCUUCCUCCGAGGAGGCUUCUCGACCGAGUCACUGGCAAGUGCCGUUCCAGCGGCAGUUCCGGGCUGUCCCGAGAGACGCAGCUCAGGGCCGCCCGCUGCCCGGGGAAAACGCCACCAGGACAGCUGCGGCCACCGCUGCUGACGGGCGCGGAGCGGGUGCCCGGCGGGCGCACUGGGCAGCAGCGGGGCCGCACCCGGGCGGGGCGGGGGCGCCGCGCAGGCGCGCCAGGUGCGGGCGGGGCGGGGCGGGGCAGGCGGCGCCGAGCGGCGGCAGUACGCAUGGAGCGGGCGGCGGGGAUGCUCACCUGCUGGGGAGCUGCGCUGGGGGCCGCCGUCUCCGUCCCCGUCCUGCUGCUCGUGGCAGCGCCCUAUGUCAGGAGAUAUGUCGCCGGAGGGCUGUGCAAGUCGACGGCGAAGCUGGAGGGGAAGGUGGCGGUCAUCACAGGAGCCAACACGGGCAUCGGAAAGGAGACGGCCAGGGACCUCGCCCGAAGAGGUGCAAGGGUGAUUAUUGCUUGCAGAGACAUAGCGAAGGCAGAAGCUGCAGCCCGUGAAAUCCGAGCUGAGACAGGGAACCAGCAAGUGAUUGUGAAAAAACUGGACUUGGCUGAUACGAAGUCCAUCCGGGAAUUUGCUGAGAAAUUUCUAGCAGAGGAGAAGGAACUCCAUAUUCUCAUUAAUAACGCUGGGGUUAUGUUAUGCCCUUACUCCAAGACUGCUGAUGGCUUUGAGAUGCACCUGGGAGUCAAUCAUCUCGGUCAUUUUCUCUUGACAUUCCUGUUGCUGGAGCGUCUGAAGCAGUCUGCCCCAGCACGCAUAGUGAACGUGUCCUCACUGGCCCAUCAUGGAGGCCGAAUCAGAUUCCAUGAUCUCCACGGUGAGAAGAGCUACAAUCGUGGCCUCGCUUACUGUCACAGCAAAUUGGCUAACGUGCUCUUCACCCGGGAGCUGGCAAGGCGGCUGCAAGGCACUAAAGUUACAGCAAAUGCUCUCCAUCCUGGUUCUGUCCAUUCUGAGCUGGUCCGGCACUCAUUUGUAAUGACGUGGCUGUGGAAGAUAUUCUCAUUCUUCUUGAAGACACCUUGGGAAGGAGCUCAGACCAGUGUCUACUGUGCAGUAGCAGAGGAGCUAGACUCUGUGACAGGACAGUAUUUCAGUGAUUGCCAGCCAGCAUAUGUAUCUCCACGGGGUCGGGAUGAUGAGACUGCAAAGAAGCUCUGGAAUGUGAGCUGUGAGCUACUCGGCAUCCAGUGGGACUGAGCAGCGCAGACCUCAAGUGUGUACCUGGCUGAGCCCAGUGAUGAGUCUCCUGGGAAGAGUGCUGCUGAGAGACCUCAAGACUAGAAUGCUGAUACUUCAGCUGCCCUCGUGAUGGCUCUAUGGAUGCAAUCUAAUGUGUAUUUCUGGAAUAUUACACUUAAGGAUUGAGAUUUGUAAGCAUCCAGUACCCUUUCCUAGCUGCAGAAUUAGAACACCGAUGCAGGGAGUAACCUUUGCUUACUAUCUCAUGCAACAGCCAGAGUCAGUUGUUCUCUGGCUUUAGAAUAGAAAUGGAGGUUGCAGGCUUAGGUUUAGAUUAUAAAGUAACAAAGAGUUACCUUUAACUUUUUUUUUCCUAACAGUAGUAGUAAAAAUGUAGGAUUCUAAACUUAUCAUCUGUGAGUUACUUUCAGUUCCUACUAUUUGACCAGGCAGAGGGAAAGUACUUCAGGAUAUUAGAUUUUCUGGCAGUUACAUGCAAUACAAAUGCUCUUAAGCACACAGAAACAAGCGCUGGCCUUUUUGUGCUAAGCAUUAGGUAGACUUUUUAAGUGGAAUCAAUUACUUUUUUUCUGUAUUCUAAGAAGCAGGACCCUACCCACUGAAGUAUCUGGGCCCCAAAUGCCCACUGAUGCAGCAAGUUAACUGAGGGUUGGUGCAUCUUUUGAGAACCCAGGUCUCAGUGCAGGUGACUGGGAGGUUAGAAGCUGCAGGAGUGCCACAAUUGUUACCUUAUUUAAAAAAAAAAAACCAACAACAUCUAUCCUGUGAAGCACUGAGCAACAAUGGUAUAAAAGUUGUCACAGUAACCCCCCCCAGCAGCACUUUAAAUGACUUUAGCACCUAGAAAAGAGAGCAGGAGUAAAGAACAUCUCAAUAAUGUUAAAAAACAUUAAAUAACUUCUGCUGAGACUUCAGCUUUAAAUAGCAGCAAACUACCUAAAGCUAAAUAGCUGAAACGGAGGUCGGGACUGUCUUGAUGUUAGGGUCAAGUUAGCUACAGGACAGGAAAGUAAGACUUGUGCAGAAAUCCUUAAGUGUGUCUGCCGAGCAGCUACUGGCCUUGCAGUACUGUACUGCCUGCACUUCCAAAAGGCAGCAGCAUCAAUCUGCAAAGUAAUGAGGCUGCUCCCUUGGAACUCUAGUGCUACUCUGGUACAAACUGCUAGAGUGUGAUCCGUAAUCAGAGAUUAUUGCUGAAAGAGUCAAGCAAUUAGAAAACAAGUGCCACAGCUCAUAGGAUUGUCUUCUGGUUCUGAAAAAAAAAUUGCAAGUUUGUGGACUUGCAUAUGGGCAUGCCUCUGUGGCCAACUGCCAGUUUUGGGAAACAAAUGCUAAUUUUAUGAUUAAUUCUUUCUGCCUGGAUGUUAUCUAUGCAGAUCAGUCCUGUGCUACCUCUGAGCAAUACUAAAUAAAGCCAUUUUCCUUUUACAACAAA